GCAAUAAUAAAAAAAAUCAAAGAGAAAAAAGGGGAAGGGGAAACGAAAAUAGAAGGAAAAGAAAGGUGGCGUAGAGAAAGAGAGAGAGGCAUUCGUCUUCACGAGGAGACGAACUGGUCGCCGGGGGUAGCGUGCGCCUCCAAGGCUCUGAGAUGGGGUCGUCGGAGCUGGAGGACGAGGCGUCGGCGGCGGUGGCGGCACACGCCAACGGGGCCGCGGACGUCCGGCGUAGGAGGGACCAGGCGAAGGAGAUUUUGUCGAAGCAGGCCGUCAAGAUCGCCACCAAGGCGGAGGAGCACGAGCGCUUCAUCUUCAAGCUCACACACUUGAUGGGUGUUCUUGGAUUUGGAACAUUUUGCUACCUCUUGGGUGCCAGACCACAGGAUGUACCGUAUGUGUAUUGCCUGUUCUAUUUCAUAUUCGUUCCGCUACGGUGGAUAUACUACCGCUACAAGAAGUGGCACUACUAUCUCCUGGACUUCUGCUACUAUGCCAACACCUUUCUCCUUGUCAUGAUUCUCUUCUAUCCAAAGGAUGAAAAGCUUUUCAUGGUUUGCUUCUCAUUUGCAGAGGGUCCGCUUGCUUGGGCAUUGAUUGUCUGGCGCUGCAGUUUGGUGUUUAGCUCAUUCGAUAAACUUGUUAGUGUCCUGAUACACCUUUUGCCUGGUAUAGUUUUGUUCACUAUCCGGUGGUGGAACCCACAAACAUUUGCUGCCAUGCAUCCAGAAGGAAGAGCAGCCAGAGUCACAUGGCCAUAUGUGGAGGACAAAUCAUACCUGUGGACAUGGCUAUUUGUUGUUCCUCUGGCUGCUUACACCUUGUGGCAACUUAUGUACUUCCUGAUAGUCAAUGUGCUGCGUCGGCAAAGGCUGUUAAGGGAUCCUGAAGUCAUGACAUCAUACAGGGAGUUGUCAAAGAAAGCACAGAAAGCAAACAACAUCUGGUGGAGGCUGAGCGGAUUGCUUGGUGACAAGAACCGGCCGCUGAUGUACAUACUGCUUCAGGCACUGUUCACGGUGGCAACAUUGGCUUUUACAGUCCCCAUAUUCCUUUCAUACCGGUUGCACUGGAUCUUCCAAAUACUUAAGGUGUGUGCAGCCACAUGGAAUGGUGGAAGCUUCAUCCUGGAGGUGAUGCCUAGGCAGGUGGUCCAGAAGGAGAAGAAGAAACGUGAGAUGAAGCCCACUGAAGAGGCGAACUCGAAGGAACACAUAGACGAUCCGUUGGGUAACCGCCAGCACAUAGCCGAGAAGCAAAGUCAGUGAUGGAACAUGGUGGAAGAUUAGAUUUUGCUGGUUACUGAUACCAUCAUGUUACAUUCUGCGUUCUGUGCAAAAAGUAGCUAGUCAUGGAUUGUGGGACAUUUGAGGGCCGUUCUUGGUGGGAUCUCUAGGUAGUUUGGACUUAUCACCACCAUAGCUGUGAUGCGUGGGAGUUUUUGAUAUGGCCAAAGGAGGUGGUUCAAGUGACACCAGAGCAUUCUAUGCGAGUUUUGUCUGUAGUGUUUUCAAUGGGUUGCAAGCAUGCUUUAAAAUUACAUUUUCCCAUGAUCCGGUUUGGGUGGAAUGCUCUGAUCAAA